AUGGAGGAAUUAGUUUAUACAUCGGAGAGAUCUGGAUUUAUGAAUUUGUGUUUGGCACAGAGGAAAGAUGGUGGAGUUCCAUUCAUUUCUUCAAUUCAGGCUAUUCCAACGGGUGAUGAUUUGUACUCAAAGAUGGAAUCCAACGAAACAUUUCGGCUUGUUGCUCGGAUUAACUAUGGGAGGGAUGAUGAAUUUGAUCCUUCCUCAGUGGACGAUUACGAGAGGGCUUGGACAUCGGUAACAACUCCCCCAAAUUGCAUAAAUGUAUCAGCGAUUCCUGAUUUCAAAUCACCGGAGAACGAUCCUCCCCUGUUCGUCUUACAGGAAGCCAUCGAAUCCGUCAACGCUUCUUCUCCAAUCAUCCUCACCAUCGAUUUCUCCAAAUCCUCCUCGCCCUCCCAGUUGGCUUACUUCGUUCUCUAUUUUACUGAAGUGCUUAAUUUCACUUCCGAGAACAGUAGAACCAUCAAUAUCUUCAUCGAUUCCGUGCUGAUGUCUACAAUCACUACUAGCCUUCAUAAAUGUACGGUGGUUACUCUGUUUCCGGUACAUGUUAAGGCGUCGACAGCGAACGUGACACUCGCCGCUGCAAAUUCAUCCGUUGGGUUACCGCCACUGAUUACUGCUAUGGAGGUUUUCGCCAAAGUUAACGCCACCAACGUCACUGACGACAGCAUUGCUGGCGAUGGCAGAGCGUCGAUGCAAUUUAGUCUCUUGUCCUUUGUGAUGAUGCUUUGUGUCUCUGUUUUAGCUAAUUUGAUGUGA